AUGAAUUUAAAUGGAGUUUAUAGUUUGAAAGGGAAGCAACAAGAAAAUUUGGUUCGGUUUCUUUCGAAUGAUAAAUGGCGGGUCCUUGUUUUUGACGAUUUUUGCUCUCAACUUCUUUCAAUGUAUUUUGUCGUUGCUGAUUUACGCAAAUGCCAUAUAACAAUGUUAUUGUUUGUUAUUUUUUAUUGGUAUACGCUAACGUAUAGAAACAUUGAAGUGGAAAGGCAGCAAAUUAGUGAUGUGGAUGCAAUAUACUUUGUCCAACCAACAAAAACUAACAUAGAAAAAAUUGUGAAUGAUUUACAAAAUCAUAUGUAUCAUACUUUUACCUUAUUGUUCACAAAUUCCCUCUCAAAGAAUCAACUCAAUUUUUUUACUAAGUCCUCAAAAUUUUCAUCAAUCACUUCCAUUGAAAGAAUUUGUAACUGCUUUUGUAACUUUCAGAUGUUAGAACCAACAAUACUUUCGCUUGAAAUGAAAAACUCAUAUAGUGUAUAUAACACUUCUGAUAUUUCCAACGUGUUGGGGACACGUGUAGUCAGAUAUCUAGUAGACUCCCUUUUUUCAUCAAUUUACACAUCGAGACAAAUUCCACUUAUCAAAGCGCGUAGCGGCACAAUGGAACAUUUUAUUGCAAAGGAACUAACAUCAUGCAUUAUCAGCUUUAAAAAAGAGAACCCGGAGUACUUUUUGAAGAAAAAGCACAAUCGAGAGAUGCUUAUUUUAACAAACAGAAAUUAUGACAUGUCUGCGGGACUUAUACAUGGUUGGUCAUAUGAAGCAUUAGUGAAAGAAACGUGUGACUGUGUUGGCACUAAAAUUAAAAUUAAUGAUAAAUGGCAAUAUGUAAACAGGGAGUCGGACAUUUUUAAAGAGACGAAGUCGGGUAUUAUAAGUGAUGUUGCAGAUCGAAUCAUCAAAGAAACAAAAACUCUUGAAACUUUAAAAGAAGAAAUAAAAUUGUCAACUACAGAUUUUUUUGAAAGAAAUGGUGGGAUGAAUGAGAUGAUGUAUAUGAAAGCAAAGCAAAUUGAAGAAGAGAUCGACUUACAAACGAACUUAGCACGACAAGUUCUCAACAGUGUUCAAAGUCGACAACUCGACUUACUUUUUUCUUUUGAAGACAAUAUUAUGUCGAAAUCAAAAAUUGAAAAUUCGGCGCUCAUUGAGUUUGCUAAGAAACUCACAAACACAAGAGACUUGUUGAGACUUUAUUACAUUUGUUUUCUCAACGCUUUUGAUGUGACCGAAUUUGAAAAACUCCUCUCUGAGAAAAAUAUUGAAACAAAAGAAAAGCCAAUUUUCGAAAAAUUGAAAGAAAAACAAGAGUUUCUUCGUCUUUCGAAGAAGGACAAUCCCGCACGGCUAUCGAUAUCAAAAGUUGUUGGAACUGUUAUUGGAACCGUCGCAAAGUUACUCCCGUCUGAUAAAAAGGUUCCCGCAACGCUCCUCGUGGAAGCAAUUGCAAAUGGAAAAACCCUUAACGAAGAUAUCGCAACGUUUGAUCCAGAAGAUUCUGAGACAGAAGUGCAAAACAAAAACGAGAAGUCAGAUGACAUCACCGUUUUUGUUGUUGGAGGCGGUUCGUAUACUGAGUUUUCGAACAUUUCGAACUAUGCCAAAAAAAGUGGAAAGCGGAUUAUGUAUGCAACGACUGAAAUGGUCAGCGGUGACAAUUUGAUGCAGCAAAUUAGCUCUCUUGUGUUAAACUGA